AUGCCUCUGCUGAGCAUCGAGGUAUUUGACUCCCUGGACCGUGUCCUGGAGCACAUCAAGGGCCGACCCGCGGGCAGCAGCCUCAUUCUGCAGAAGUACAUCGAACGCCCCAUGCGGUUAGGGGGCCGCAAAUUUGACAUUCGAGCCUACAUCCUAGUUGGGCCCGAUGGCAGCAUGUGGUUUCACCAGGAGGUGUACAUCCGUACAUCAUGGGCUGUUACCGCUUCUGGCACCUUCGACAGUGCCAUUCCCGGGGGGGGGUUAACCGGAAACGUUAUGAUUGUACGGCCGUGGAACCAAGCAAAGCCAGUGGUCGACAAUAACGCCGGGAUGCUGUACACGUGGGGCUGCGAGUUUUCAUGGAUGGAGGGUGGCAAGCGUGACAAGCACUACGGCUGUCUGGGUUUGGGUGAUGACACGGAAGGCCGGCUGGUGCCCACACGCGUGCAAGGCGACAUGGACAAGCACGGCGUCUUACAGGUGGCCUGCGGCUGGAGCAUGACCGUUGCACUGUCCGCGGAUGGACGAGUCUACCAGAUGGGCAAGACGGGGGCGCUCACAACAGACAAAAACUGUACUUGGGAAGGCGCUAAGACCCCGACCAGGGUCGACGGCAACCUGUUUGGCAUGUUUGUGGAGGAGGUAGCCUGCGGCAUGCGCCACGUGGUGGUUGUUGCUAGCAAAGUGCAGGCGAAUGGCCAGAUUCCUGACGACCAGCGACGGGUGCGGUUGCUGGCGUGGGGCUGCGGUGCUGAGGGACAACUCGGGUUGUGGGGCAUGACCACAUCUUCGGAUGCGCCGGUGGCGGUUCGGACAUCCCAGAAUGACCACUCGCUUCCGCAGUCGCUACAGCAAAUGGUGACGGGCGGCUCCGGGCCGAGGUCCAAGGGUGGCAGCACGCCGACCGCGGCGCCGGAUGUGUCCUACCUGUACCGCAGGCGGCAAAGUCGCGUGGUUGGCAUUCCGCAGCUGACCGUUGGGCAACCGCGCAGCGACCACCAUCACCACCGCCACCGCUCCGACCUGCGGCGUAGCACAACGCGCCUGCUGGCGAGCUAUCACGGGGGACUGCGAGGGCAUGCAUCGCAGAAGGCCUUGUCGUUGGAAAGCCAGGAGGGCCAGGGGUUGGAAGCAGGUACCAGCGCUGGCAGCGGCAUUGUGAGUCAGCGGUCAAGCUCGGGUAUGGGACAGCCGUCGGAAGAUAUUGACAGCAGUAGGUCGACCAGUCCCACGACCAGCAGUGCGCUGUACGGCGUGAACAGCGCAGACGGCGACUUCCACAUGAGUCGCCACCUGCACGGUACUGCCAUAGAGGUCCGCCAGCGCGCCAACUCCAUGGGCACCGUCGCGAACGGCAGCAGCACCGCUCUCGCAACGGCCCCCGCGCCGCCCUUUGGCCGGGCACUAGCGCGCCGCGGCAGCUCUGGAAACGCGGCUGAUGCCCAGUCGCUGGGCGGCACCAGCACCGGGGACACGCCGGAGACGGACACGGACUCGUAUGCACACGGCGGCAGGAGCUUGGACAUGGUUCCGGAGCAGAGCGAGGAGUCGCUUGGAACCCCAAGUCCUUCCUCCCGCCAUGCACAUCAUCCGAUGGCCACGGCUCACCAGCUUCCUCCAUACACUGCCAUGGCGACCAACACGGCUGGCACCAUCGGUGGCGUCGGCGGUGUUCCGCAUCCUCACGUGUACGACCUGGAUAGCCGCGACAUCGCCGGAAUCUCCCUCAUGGUGGCACAGAUGAAGUCGCCAACGGGGCCAGCAGCGUUGCCGCCACGGCUAAGCAGGCUUGCGCAGCAGACGCCUGGCAGUGGGGCAGUAAUCGCUGCCGCACGGGACGACAGGCUGGCCGAGGCUGUGGGGUCAUCUGUCUCCACCAUGGAUUCCUCCUAUACUGCUGAGGCCAGCGUCAGCAGCGAGCUCUCACCCUCGGGAAUCGUCACAACAAGCCCUGGCAUGCCUCAUGGUGUGCAGCUGCCCUACACAAUUUCUGAGGCGCUGCCGCCCAUCUCACCACCGGCGCCACAGCAGCAGCAUCUGCCUUUCGCCGCUCACCACACAAUGCCGCCCCCGCAGCAGCAGUACCAGCCCCAACCUCAACACCAGCCCCAAUAUCAACACCAGUACCAACUCCAGCAGCAUCAACAUCCACUCCAGCCUCAACACCAGCAGCUCACAACUUUGCAAGCUAGCACUUUGCCGCCGCCGCAGCAGCCCCAACAGCCACAAGCGUGGCAGACCUCCCUAGGGCCGAUUCUGACGACUCAGGAGCCUAUGGCGAGGGCGCAGGUAGCGGCGAUGGCGGCUGGCGGCCCCGGGCCCGGCCCUUCCGGUCCUGGCAACAGCACGGGACGCAGCAGGGAGAGCAGCGCUUCCAUGUGGGCUCCACCGCUGCCAAUAGCAGUUGGGGGAGUUGCAAGCGGUCACGGCGCCAUGCGUGCGUACGGCAUGCACUCCGACGGCGCAGCGGCAGCGGUCGCCAACGCUGCCGUCGCCGUCGCUGGGCCCCAUGCUGCUGCUGUGAACAUGCCCGUUGGGCCAGGCUUGCAUUCGGGCGGCUCACGAGGUUCGCGUGGACAUUCCCGCCAUGCGUCGUACGACAGCAUUGACGUAAACUCGAGGGACGGUGACGGCGUCAGCCAACGCGGUAACAGCGGGGGUGUCGGCGGCGGUGCUGCCGUGGACGCACGUGCAACACCGUUUGUGUUGUACGGCGGCGGUGCCGCAGCCACCGCGCCGCCGCCACCGGCGCCGCUGCAGCGGAUUGCCGCCGACCCAACCUCUGACUUGUUGCAGCAGAAUUUGCAGCUCCAAAGGGAGUUGGAGCUCUUAAGACAGCAAGUGGCGCUAUUCACCCAAGUAACGGGGCUGGCCCCCGCCGCUCUUGCGGCUGCCGGCAUGUCGCCGACAAACACCCACGCCUACUCUGCACAGCAUCCCACCAUGCUAGCGCCGCCUCCGCAGCCUCAGCCGGUCCCACCCUCGACCCUGCAGCAGCAGCUGUCGCCGCCGGCGCAGCAGCAGCAGCAGCAACAUCAACAACAACAAAUCUCAGCUGUCGUUAUGGCCGGUGUUGGCGGCGGCGCUGGCAGCUUGCCGCCACAUCCAGGCAGUGUUGCACCGCAGGCUGCCGCACUCUUCCGCAACGCAGCCGGGAGUCUUGCGGCUGUGGCAGGGCCAGGGGCUCCUCCAGGGCCCAUGUCAGCGCCGCCGUCGUCCAAUCGCCACAAGCGGUCUGCUUCGAUUGACGUGUCCUCCCUGAUUGCGACGCGGGACGGCAUAGGGCCCGCGAAGGACUACCUGGCGCCGGCGGCCUCACAGUCGCCGGCGGCUGCCAGCCAUGCGCCUCAGGGCCACCUGUCGCCAGAACGUCGGUCGCCCCUGGCGCGAGAUGGCGGCACUGGCACCGGCACUGGCACUGGCAAUUUCAUGAUGGGACAUAAGACCGCACCGCCGGCGUUGGAGGCCUUGCGCCAGAAUCACCCCGGCAUGUCGUUGGCCCAAGCGGCUUUGGCGGAGUUUGAGGAGGAGGUGUUGGAAGAGGGGUAUGAUGAGGACGACGAGGAGCCUGAAGACGACGAGGACGGCGACGGGGGGGAGAUGGAGCCGGCCGUGGACGAGUCGUUGAAUUCCGCAGCCGGCAUUGAUAGGCUGGGCUCCGUCAUCUUGUCUGUGGCCCUGCCGCUGGCGGCGCAGGGCUCCCUGCAUCGGCAGAUGUACGUGUCACAGCAGCAGCGGCCGCCGCUGACGAUGACGCCCACGCAGCCCCAGCAGCCCCAGCAGCAGGCACCAGCGGCGGGCUGCAGUCCUCCAAACCACAUUGGCCAUGUCCCAUACGAG